CCUUUAAUUAAUUAUAAUCAAUUAUUUUAGUCCUUCUACUAACGGUGAUAACCAAUACAAACAGAUUUGUUAUUUCUGUCAAGGGCAAUUAUGGCACUUCACAUAAUAUUAUAUUAAAAAAAAAUCAGAUUCACGUGACAAACACAUUUCACAAGAAAUUGUUCUGUCCAAAGUAAAGUGUUGAAUUGUAAAAGUUAAGUGUUUAUAAUAUUACUUUCUAAAGCUCUUUCUCUCUCCAUGUCUUUGUAGAUUUUUAACUUCUCUUCAAAUGAGAAAAUUUAAUCAAUUCUUGAUGAAAUUUCAAGAGAAAAAUCAUAGAGGAGCUCAUAUUGGAGUGAUUUUUGCUCAAAUUAUGUCAAAUUUUGAUUUGUGUUAGCCAUUUUUUUAUUCGAGGCAGAGGUUUGGUGAGUGUUUGUAAUAACUUUUAGAAAGAAUUGCAACAGAGAUAAGGUGGUACAUCUCUCUACAUGAACAUUUAUAGAGAUCUCCACAAGCCUGCUCUCGUAAUUGAAGGACGCUUUGUAUUAGUGGUGUAACAAGAGGAGUUGCUAAAUUGUGUUCUCACAUAAGAGGGGAUGCAACUAAAGAGAAUAAUUGCUCAUCAAUCAACAAAUAGUAUGCCACUUUCAUCACUGUAUUAGAGGAUUGACAUCCUAAUGGAAGAAGGGUGGAGGGCUGAAUAUGAUUGUGUAUGAGAAAAGAUGUUAUGGAACGAUUUGUGAACUUCAUAUUUUUAGGUUUUGCUUUCGGUAUAAAAGUGUUUCUUAUUGUGAAGUGCCAUAAUUGCCCUUGACAGAAAUAACAAAUCUGUUUGUAUUGGUUAUCACCGUUAGUAGAAGGACUAAAAUAAUUGAUUAUAAUUAAUUAAAGGUUAAACCUGGGAAGUAAGAUAUCACAGGGAUCAAAAUCAAAAUAAGGCAAUAACACAAGGACUAAAACAGACGAAGAUUGACAACAAUGCCCCCAGUCAAAUUGGACAAACAACCUAAACAAGUGACUAUAAGUAAUAGAUUCAUUAAUAUUACUUUAUCAACACCAGAUGGCCAAGUCAUUGGCAUAUCAUAUGGUGGAGUUCAAAAUAUAUUAUCCAUCCAAAAUGAUGAAACCAAUAGAGGGUAUUGGGAUACUGUUUGGAGUAACACUAACCCUCGUUCAAGUUUUUCACAAAAGUUUAUAGGAACAAGUUUUGAGGUAAUAAUUCACAAUGAAAACCAGACAGAACUUUCAUUUAAAAGAAAAUGGAAUGCUUCUCAAUCAAAUCAACCUCCCUUAAACAUUGAUAAAAGGUUUAUAAUACUACGCGAUACACCAGGAUUUUAUACGUAUUCGAUCGUUGAACGUUUAAAAGGAUGGCCAAUUUCGUCUAUACAAAAUAUCAGGCUUGUGUUUAGACUUCAAACAAACAUGUUUAAUUACAUGGUUGUUUCUGAUGAGAGGCAACGUGUCAUGCCAACAGACGUGGAUCGAAACAAAGGCAAAGUUCUUGGCUACAAAGAAGCUGUUCUUCUCACUAAUCCGACUAAUCCAGAUUUAAAAGGAGAGGUGGAUGACAAGUAUUUCUAUUCAAAUGAUGAUAAAGAUGGUAAAGUUUAUGGAUGGAUUAGUAGUACUAAUCCUCCAUUAGGAUUUUGGAUGAUUAAUCCAAGUAAUGAAUAUCGUAUUGGAGGACCUCUUAAACAAGAUCUUACUACACAUGUUGGUCCAACUGUACUUACUGUAUUUUGUAGUACACAUUAUGCUGGAGAGGAUUUAGCAAUUAAAUUUGGACAAGGAGAAGCAUGGAAAAAAGUUAUUGGUCCUGUUUUUGUGUAUCUAAAUUCAAAUGCUGCAGCUAAGGCAAAUCCUUCCAUACUUUGGAAUGAUGCAAAGAAAAGAAUGAAUCAAGAAGUUGCAAGUUGGCCUUAUGAAUUUGCACUUUCAAAAGACUACAUCAAAUUUAAUCAAAGAGGAACUGUUAGAGGCCAACUAUUUGUUAAUGACAGGUUUAUCAGUAAACAAAAUGUGGCAGCAUCCAAUGCUUAUAUAGGAUUAGGGCCACCAGGAGAAGCUGGAUCUUGGCAAAGAGAAAACAAAGGUUAUCAAUUUUGGACUAAAACCGACAAUAAAGGAAACUUCAUCAUAGAAAAUGUCAUAUUCGAUACAUAUAACUUGUAUGCAACAGUUCCAGGUUUUAUCGGGGAGUACAAAUACACUUCAAAUAUAAAAGUUACUCCAGGUUCAAAUAUUAAAUUAGGUACUUUGAUUUAUAAACCUCCAAGAAAUGGAGCUACAAUUUGGGAAAUUGGUAUACCAGAUAGAACUGCUGCGGAAUUUUUUAUUCCAAAUCCACCUUCACAAUUCAAAGUUCACAAAUACAAAAAUAAUUCUGAAUCUAAAUUUAGACAAUAUGGUUUGUGGGAACAAUAUGGUGUUUUAUAUCCUAAAAAUGAUCUUGUCUACAAUGUUGGGACUAGCAAUUACUCAAAAGAUUGGUUUUAUGCUCAAGUUACUAGGAAAAUAGGAAAUAAGACAUAUAAAGGUACUUCAUGGAAAAUUAUAUUUAACCUUGCCAAUGUUAAUAUUGCCUCAAAUUACACUCUCCAAUUGGCUCUUGCUGCAGCUCAUGAAGCUGAUCUACAUGUUUAUGUCAACGAUGAAAAAAUACAAAAACCUCAUUUUUCGACAGGACAUAUAGGAGGAAGUAAUGCGAUCGCAAGACAUGGAAUUCAUGGAUUAUAUUGGCUUUAUAGCAUUGGAAUACAAGGCAAAUUGCUUGUCAAAGGAACAAACACAAUUUUUCUUGUACAAUCAAGCGGUCUCUCCCCUUUUGAAGGUGUAAUGUAUGAUUAUAUUCGUUUUGAAGGACCUCAUCAGUAAUAAGAUGGUUAUUUUCUUGGAUU